AUGGAAGUAAGGGGCAAAGAGUCGUCGUGGUUCAUAGUGGAAGAAUGGAGCGGCUCGGCCUCCACGAAGCUAAGCAGAACCGCCACUAUCACUGCUUCGCCUUCUUCGAUCGCCAUUCGAAGAUCUGGCAGCCGAUUCAACCAAGUCUGGAGACGGAUUCUCCAAGCAUUUGUACCCGAGGCAAUCUCUUCCUGCCCUUAA